AUGGCAACAACGAAGAAACUUAAACGUUAUACGAAUUGUCCAGCAGAGUACAAUCAAGACGUAGAAAACCCAUGUGUUUCAGGCCGACAACAGAAACCUCAUUAUCAUUGCCAUAUUUGUAAAACAUUUACUGCUUUCAAGCCAAAGAACAUUACCACACACAUAGAAUUAAUUCAUGGAGAGACGCAUGCCUUGCCGACCUCAUCGAUGACCGCUAAAAGGGAACAAAUCAACGUCAGCCAGAAGGUUACCGAAGAUGGUGGAAGCAGAACUUUUGAGGAAGCCAUUUCGACGGCAAGUCAGCCUGGUGAGUCCAACAAUAACGAAAUUGAGGAAGACAGUAAUU